GGACGUCCUACGCAGUGACGUCACGACAGAGGCCGGUUCUCUUGGGCCAAGUCGCUGUAGUUUCUCACUUCCGCAUUUAUUCUGCUUUUAAUUGCGAAAGGCUGAAGAAGUGGCACAAUGUCUCAUCAGACCGGCAUCCAAGCCACGGCAGAGGUGAAAGAGGUUUUCACCAAGGCACGGAAUGGAGCGUACCGACUUAUUAAGGUGGUCAUUGAAAACGAGCAGCUUGUGUUGGGAGGAACCAGAUCUGCGGUCCAAAAAUGGGAGGUGGAAUGGGACAGUUACAUCCUGCCUCUGUUGGAGGAUGCCAUGCCUUCGUACGUCCUCUACAGGCUGGACAGCACCAAUAAUCAGGGAUACGAAUGGGUCUUCAUAGCAUGGUCCCCGGAUCAUUCUGCCGUUCGGCAGAAGAUGCUGUAUGCUGCUACUAGAGCCACAUUGAAAAAGGAAUUUGGUGGCAGUCACAUAAAAGAGGAACUCUUCGGCACAGUAAAGGAUGAUGUAUCACUAAACGGCUAUAAAAGGUACUUGGCGUCGCAGUCUGCUCCUCUCCCACUGACUGCUGCUGAGGAGGAACUGAGGCAAAUCAAACUCAACGAGGUGCAGACAGAUAUCCACUUGGACACAAAGCAGCAGACUUUGCAGGGCGUAGCUUUCCCCAUGCAAAGAGAUGCUAUUGAGGCCUUGGAGCAAUUCAGAAACAAAAGGCUUAACUAUGUUCAGCUAGAAAUUGAUUUUCCAAAAGAGUGCAUCAAGUUAUCCAGCACAGCUCCGACAGAGUUACGUGACCUGCCCAAACGAAUCCCUAAAGAUGCUGCACGGUACCACUUCUUCCUCUACAAACACACACAUGAAGGAGACUACCUCGAGUCCACGGUGUUUAUAUACUCGAUGCCUGGUUACAAAUGCAGCGUUCGGGAGAGAAUGUUGUACUCCAGCUGCAAAAACCCCCUCAUAGACACGGUGGAAAAAAAACUGCAGAUUGACAUUGCCAGAAAGUUGGAGAUUGAUAAUGGUGAUGAACUCACCAGUGACUACAUGUAUGAAGAGGUUCACCCAAAGCAGCAUGCGCACAAACAAGCCUUCGCCAAACCCAAGGGUCCCACUGGGAAGAGGGGGGGCCGCAGAAUCACACGUGCUCCGGGGGAUGCAGGGGAUGAUGAUUAACUCUGCUUAACAAUGGUCCACUUUGUGUGAUGAACCUUUUUUUUUUUUUUUUUUUUUUUUAGAACUCCUGCUCUACCUUAAAGCCGUUAACUUGUGUCUCCAUAGACUUGCAUAUCUAUGCACAAAGGAAAACACUAAAACACUACACCACUACACUAGGAUACAGCCUGAAUGAGCAUCUUAGAAAUUAAUGAUGACACACUAAAUGUAUUUACACUGCUUACUUUGGAAAUUGAUUCGCAUCUCAAAUGCAUACUAAACCCACCUUUAGCAUGAAGGAUGUUUAAAUGCAGGUGCUCAGUUCAGAGUUGGGAUGGUAUUUACAAAGCAUUUAGUAGAAAGGUGCAGAAAUGCUUUGUGAAUAUGAGUCUCUGGUCUUAUGUCUGUUUUCCGCCUAAUAACAAAUUUUAACUGAGAGUGAUAACAAACUCUGUUUAACUAUUUAGUAUAAUUUGUGUCUGAGAAACUUUUCAUUCCAGUCCAUGACUGCAUUAGAACUCUGUUCAAUAAUUUAAAGAAGGCUGAACAAUUAGAUCCGUUUUCUUUUUUCUUCAGAUCAGUGUGUUUGCUCCCAAGUAACCAAAAUAAUGUCCUGAAGCAUUUAAUCAAGCUAAUCAAUAAUGUCGUGACAUCUGAGCUGAGCAGCCCUCUUCCAUUGAAGUCAGGUUAUUUUAAAGAAGGAGUUUAAUGAAGUGCCACAAAUGAUGAAGAAAUAAUUUUAUAAGUGUAGCUAUAAAUAACAAAUUCUGUUUUAUAAUGUAAAGUGCUUUGAUAACACAAAGGGAAAUUUUCUAAAUAACCAGUCAUUGGUGGUCUUUUUCAAUUGUUCAAGUGAUAAAGGAAUCUUGUUGAAAUUCUAUUUUUCUAAUCCUGAACAUUUGGUAUGUCCAGAUCAUGUCCAGUUGUUUAACCUCUUCAGUCGGGUGUCAUCUGUCUUAGCGGCCAUCCUGUUUUUCUAAUAUAAUCUUUCAAAUACACUCCAAGACAUUUAUGUCCAUAUAAUAUUCAUACAAUGUUCUUUAUACAUUGACUUGAGCAUUUCUGUGAAGAUCUAUGACCGUUAAAACCUCUUCUGAAUGAAGGGACUACGAAUCCAGAAUACAGAACGGAGCUCCAUCUACUGAACAGACAAACCACUGUUAUUCUUGUACUAGUGUGUUAUGAAGCUUCAUUUAAAUACAGUGUGGUACAUUAUGUCACAUUUCAAAAGUCUGUGUUUUUUAACAAAUGAAAUUAAUGACAUAGGAAGAUUAAAAUAUUUAUAUCAUAUUCCUCUAUCUUGUUUUGUGUCAGUUGCACAAAUUGUGUGAAUGGAGGUUAGACUGGCAAAUGUGGAGAAUAAUAGGUAUAUUUUUGUCUUUAUCAUUACAAGCUUGGUAUGCUUUGACCAGUUUGAGUAGGAGUGUUAAACUCUGUGUGUGAUAUUAAUGUAAUGAGGCACAAAAGAACAUGGAAAUGUGUCAACAUCUUCCCUAAUGAAUACCAGUGAAACACAACUACCACGUUCGUAAGAGCAUCACCAAGCAGUCAGACUGGAGAGCAUUUUUCCAAGUCGGUAUAUGCUCUUGCCUCAUUGUUACAUGCGCUUGCUACAAGUUCUUGCCUCACUGUGUGCACAUUGGCAAAAAAAUCAGUGCAUUUCAGUUAUUAGAUGUCAAUUAGAUGCCAGUGUAGCCAGUCUACCUACUAGAAUAUGCUUGGGAGCUGGUAGGACACCCACACAUACAUGGGAUGAACAUGAGAAACUCCGAAUAUACAGUAACCCAAGUGCAGAGUCGAACCGGGGACACUGUAGCUGUGAGGAAGCAAUGCUACCUGCUGAGCCAAAGUGCUGCUUGGUUUGUAUACAUAUACAUUUUUAAGUUGAAUGACAUAUAAAUUAAUAAUGGAUUGAAAAUGUAACAUUCCAUAAUUUUCUUUUCAAUAUUUCAGAGCACAUGCAGUUUGCAUGUUACUUGUUGGUUAUAUGUGUUUAUGGUGCAUAAUCAUGCAAUAAAGUAUAGUGUGGUGUAGUAA